CUCGCGGGGCGCGAUUGACGUUGAUCGGCCCAGUCUGUUCAUCUCCUCGUGUACAUAACUGCAGAGUUGCAGUCUACCCUACCGAGAAGUAUGAAGACCUCCCGGAAAGAGCCCUCCCUCGACGGCGUCACCCUCGUGAAAAGCGCCGUGCCUCGAUCCAGGCAAGAGCUGCUGAAAUGGAACGGCUGGGGAUACAAGGAUUCGCGGUUCCUGAUGAACGAGAAGGGCAUCAUCGAGUUUCUGGGCUCCAGGUACCCGAUCGGUGGGAAGGAGUUACCCUACUUCGUCGAAUGGGUGAACGACACCUUCGCCGUCGACUUCGAGAAGAGGCACCAGGCCCAGGUGGCUCCUUCGACGUAUCCCGAGCCGAUCAUCUCCCCAGAGUUCCUGGAGGCCGUAAAGAACCUGGGAGUCGACCAUUCGACCGAAGGAAUCGAUCGACUCAUCAGGUCUCACGGACACACCCUGAGGGAAAUUUUCGUCCUGCAGCACGGGACCUUCCAGAGGAUACCGGACAUCGUCCUCUGGCCGAAAUGCCACCAGGACGUCGAGAGAAUAGUAAAGGCGUGCUCCGAGCACGACGUGGCUUGUAUUCCUUUCGGAGGAGGCACCAGCGUGAGCGGUGCAGCGACCUGCCCCCCGCAGGAGAGGAGGACGAUAGUCUCCUUGGACACGUCCCAGAUGAAUCGAAUAUUGUGGAUAGAUAAGGAAAACCUCCUCGCCUGCUGCGAGGCCGGGAUCGUGGGACAAGACCUGGAGCGGGAGCUGCAAGCUCGCGGCCUCACUUCCGGCCACGAGCCGGACUCCCACGAGUUCUCCAGCCUGGGAGGCUGGGUGGCGACGAGGGCGAGCGGCAUGAAGAAGAACACUUACGGGAACAUAGAGGACCUGGUGGUCCGAGUGAGGAUGGUCACGGGAAGGACGGAAGAACCAGUGCUGACGUUGGAACGAGGAGCCCAGGUACCCCGUUGCUCCUGCGGUCCGGACUUCGAUCAGCUGAUCCUCGGCAGCGAGGGCACCCUCGGCGUGGUCACCGAGGUGGUCAUCAAGGUCCGGCCGAUGCCGAAGAUCGUGAAAUACGGGAGCAUCGUCUUCCCGGAUUUCCAGAGCGGCGUGCGAGCCCUGCGAGAGAUAGCGAGGCAUCGAUGCCAGCCGGCGAGUAUCCGGUUGAUGGACAACGAGCAAUUCAAGUUCGGGCAAGCCUUGCGCCCGGAGACCGGCUGGGUAGGGAUGCUUCUUCAGGGUCUGAAGCACGCGUACGUGGCGAAGAUCAAGGGCUACGAUUGGAACAGCAUAUGCGUGGCUACUCUCCUCUUCGAGAGCGAGUCCGCGACCGAGGUGGCGUCCCAGGAGCGUCGAGUGUACUCGAUAGCGAAGGAGUUCAGCGGCCUCCCAGCCGGUGAAACGAACGGCCAGCGAGGCUACACCUUGACCUUCGUAAUCGCCUACAUCCGAGACCUCGCCCUGGAAUUCGGCAUCCUGGCGGAGUCCUUCGAGACCUCCGUGUCCUGGAACCGGGCUCUGUCCUUGUGCAGGAACGUCAAGUCGAAGGUGGCCAGGGAAUGCGCGAGUCGCGGCAUCGGGAAACAGCUGAUAUCCUGCAGAGUCACCCAGACCUAUGACGCGGGGUGUUGCAUCUACUUCUACAUGGCGUUUAAUCAUCAGGGUCUCGCAGACCCCGUGGGAACCUACGAGGCCAUAGAGGAGGCGGCUAGGGAGGAGAUCCUCGCCAGUGGGGGCUCCCUGUCCCAUCACCACGGAAUCGGCAAGAUCAGGGCACGUUUCUAUCCCCUCGCCGUGGGACCAGUCGGGGUUGACCUGUACCGAGCGACUAAAAAAUACCUCGACCCCAGGAAUAUCUUCGCAGCCGGGAACCUUGACCCCAGGUGCACGGCCAAGCUCUGAACCCGAAGAGCAACCCAUGAAGAGGGUUCUCCCAGCGAAGAUGGCGAUACUCAAUGAAGGUAAAGGAAGAAGGAAAUCAUAGGAAAUUUCUCAAGGCGGACCCUGGAGCUAAGUAUGGCUAGCGUUAAGGAAAUAACGAGGGGAAAGGCUCUUUCUCUCUUGGUACAAAUACGUGUACUUGUAAUUGUAUCGACGGUUCAUUUUAUAAGUUAUUAUAAAUAAAGAGAAGAGGACUCGA